UCUUGAUUACCCCACAGGAUUGGCUGCUAUUCGCCUCUCCUUCUCCGGCAGGGCUCCGCACCCGCUCGGUCAUUUCCCUCAUCUCCCCUUCCUUAGCGUCGCUACUUCCAUAAGGAUAUAUUCCCUCGUUUAGGAAAAACUAAAAAGAGGCAGCCCAGCAGAUCUUAUUCAUGAAAAAUUCCCCAAACUCUUCUAGUCAGUGGGAGUUUCACACCACGAAAGGCCACAAGAUGAGGUGAGGAAAUAAAUUGUACUUACUGUGAGAGAGGAAUCAGCAGCAGGAUUCUGUGCUUAGUCCUCCUGAUGGAAAUCAAAACUAAUUAGGAGUGCUUCUUGGUUCUGGUGUUUCUUGACUUUUGACGUGACUUCCAGAAGACACAGAAUAAAAAAGAGUGCUCAUCUUUCCCUCUCUGCCCAGUCCUGCCCAGAGGUGAGGUACGGGACCUCAGUGCAGCAGCCUUCCCUCGUGCCUUGGAGAGGAAUAGCAGCCUAGCACAAUGGCUGCGUUCCCUGUCCUGGGGCAAGAAACAUUGUUCCGGAACGGCACCUGGAGCUAUCGAAUUCCAGCCCUGCUCUACCUGCCGCGGUUCAGCAUGAUCCUGGCCUUUGCUGAGGAGCGAGAGGACCUGGUGGAUGAACAUGCCAAGCUGAUAGUCAUGCGCAGAGGCGUGUACGACCCAGCCACGCAGCACGUUCAGUGGAAAAGAAUGGAGACCCUUGUCAGUGCACAGCUGGAAGGCCACCGAUCUAUGAACCCCUGCCCAGUAUAUGAUGAAGUCUUGGGGAAACUCAUCUUGUUCUUCAUAGCUGUCCCAGGAAAGAUCUCUGAGCAGCAUCAGCUGAAGACAAAGAUCAACCUGGUACGUCUCUGCUAUGUCACCAGCAUGGACCAAGGGCGCACCUGGAGUGCUGCCCAGGAUGUCACCGACAGGACCAUUAGGAAUGAGUACAAGAACUGGGCCACGUUUGCGGUGGGGCCAGGUCAUGGAUUACAAUUGCUCAAUGAGGCUCGGAGCCUUGUGAUCCCUGCCUAUGCCUAUCGUAUCUUGGACCCCAAGCAACACCCCACCCCUCAUGCCUUCUGCUUCAUCAGCUCCGACCAUGGGACAACAUGGGAGAAGGGGAACUUCGUGGGGGAGGAGAGUGCAGUGGAGUGCCAGGUAGCAGAGGUGCAUACCUGUGGCAGAAAGGUCCUUUAUUGCAAUGCAAGGAGCAACAGGGGAGCCAGGAUCCAGGCUGUCAGCUACAACCAUGGGCUGGACUUCGAGGGGGGCCAGCGGGUUGAAAUGCUAAUAGAACCUCCCUCGGGGUGCCAUGGAAGUGUUACUGCCUUUCCACCUCCCCCGGAUGCCAGAUGUCAAGACAGUUGGUUACUCUACGUUCAUCCUACAGACCCAAGGGGUCGAAAAGAUUUAGGAAUUUACCUCAACAAAAGCCCUUUAAAUCCAGCACACUGGACAAAACCCAGCAUACUUUUCAAGGGCCUGUGUGCUUAUUCAGAUCUGCAGUACAUGGGCGUUGGGCCUGAUGGCUCACCUUUGUUCUCCUGCCUCUUUGAAUAUGGGACCCACAGACAAUGUGAAGAGAUUAUUUUUGUCAUGUUCACUUUGAAGCAAGCCUUUCCCUCAGAAUACUGAGUCUCAAGCCUUUCCAUCAGCAUCCCUCCAAAAACCACCUUUGCUGAUGCUUUUACUGUCAUUUCUCAUCCCUCAGCAAAAGGGAAAACAAAACUAUGCUGCACACAUAGUUUGGUGUUGGCUUGUUGUGUCUGUAGAUUGUGA